AUGGAUCUACAAACCGAUACAAUAAGAGGAGAAGUAUCUAUCAAUGAGUUAGAUGGGGACGCAACAGCAGAAGCACCGUCGGGUCUUGCUUCAGAGAUCGCCAUUAAAAGCGUACACUCAACGAGUGCACCAAACGACCGUCCUGUCAACACUACACGACAUUGUGUUUUAGAGCUCGAGACCCAAUGUCUCGUGUGCUAUGACAUAAUCAUGGUCGAAGGAAAAGUAAACUUUCGGCUUGAUAUAGAACCUACGUGUCCCCAUGUCGUCAUAAUUCCACUUCUAGCUUUACGAUACUCGGCACAGGAAAGCGACUGCCAAAUAUGCCACGUGUUUUGGGGUGCCUUGACACCGUUCGUUAAAUCAGCAGACGAAGAUGUAAUGACUAGAGCAAUUAUAAUGAUCGAGGAACUCACUUGGUGGAUCAGCGUGAGGCUUCAAAGUAAAGCUCCAGGGCCAAAGAGUCGCAUCAAACCACGUCACGAAUACCGUGAUGACGGUAGCAGCAUGGCUAUCUGGGUGUAUGAGGCGUCUCUUUUUACACUUAGCGGAGAGACUGUACCACAGUCCGACCUGAUCCAACAGCAUACCAACUCUGCAGCCUCGCAUGCAAUCAUGCGAGCAUGCACCACAAAAGACAAUCUGAGAGUGCACAUGGAAGGCAUAUCAGUGUCGAAACUACCCAAAACCUUUCGACAUGCUCUUGUCAUAACGCUGGCGCUGGGAUACGAGUACAUCUGGAUCGACUCUUUAUGCAUCAUACAAGGUGAUAAGGAAGAUUUCUCCCAUCAGUCUGGUCAAAUGGGCGGUAUAUAUUCGAAUGCGGAUCUGGUGCUAUCUGCAGAUCUGGCCAAGGACGUUCACGAAGGCUUCCUACAUGAAAGAACCCCUAAGCCAUUCGCUGUCGAGAUACCUAUAUCGAAGCGUACGCGACACCAGCAGCUACGACACCCAAAAGAGGGCCAAUCUAUUGGCUUGGUAGACUUGAGCAAUAUAGAACAUCAUACGGCGGUCGACAUCGAGACGAUCUUCGUGAAUCCUAUUUUCACACCGGCGUAUGUCGGGGCCCGCAGCCCAACUUUCGAAAGGGCUUGGUGUUUCCAGGAACAGCAUCUAGCCCGCCGAGUGAUCCACUUUAUGGAACAUUCAAUGUACUGGAGAUGUAGAGCACACAGUAGGUGUGAGUGCGGUACCGCAAAUCGAGGCUCGCACCUGCAUCGACCCCAUUAUUCCCAUAUUCGGGAGCCGCUCACGAACUACACUAAUCCCGAAGAGAUGUCUGCUAUGCUGUUGAAUGAAGCGAUGAAACUUUGGGUUGAUGUGGUGCAAGAAUAUUCGCAGCGGAAGCUGACAAACCCGACCGAUCGACUUCCAGCAAUUGCGGGCUUCGCGUCUUGCCUACCAAGCUCAACACUAGGCGAAUAUCAUGCUGGAUUGUGGGAACACUCAUUACCUAGUGCUCUUCUAUGGCAGACUAGUAUCAUUGUUGUUAUGCCAGAAGCACAUACAUACAUUGGACCAACUUGGUCCUGGGUAUCAAGUAGAAGAAAUAUUUAUUUUCCUUUUCUUCCGUUAACCGACUCAGCGAAGGUUCUUCAGGUUCGCACACACCUGGAGAGUUCUGAAAGAUAUGGCCAAAUCCGUGCAGGGUGGAUUCGACUCCGUAGCCUCUUCCUAAAGAUGAAUUCCGUGCGAGCAGAUUUUGGAGAACGGUUUAUGUUUGGAGGACGCCAGCGAAAACGCCAGGAAAUAGGAAAAUUUAGACUAUUUUUGGACUUGUUUCAAGAAAGAAAAGAAAACACCGGCUCUGCACGAGAAACAUCGCCAGAUUGGUAUCUCCUUGUCAUUGCUGAGCGUCCUUUCGACCUCCUUGGUUUGGUCCUCAUCAAGUCAUAUAAACAGCCAGGAGCAUUCGAACGAGUUGGCAUCUUUUCAGAAAGUACUGAACCGAGACGCAAAUGGAAGCAUAAAGUAGUGACAAUCAUCUGA